AUGCAUCUGCGGUUACUCUUGAUAAACCUUGUGUUUCUCUGGAGCACAUUGACUGCCGCCUACGCUAAAACCGUUGUGGAAACGCUCACAUCCGACGAUCGGUUCCGGGAGUUUGUACGACAACUGAAAAGAACAGAUCUGUUGCAGGAUCUCGGCCACUAUGACACUGCGACCGUGUUUGCACCCACCAAUGAAGCAUUCAAUCUGGCUAUCCAAGGCAUGACCCGCGCCGAACUACUCUACCAUAUCUUGCCACAGUCCGUCUAUACGAGCGAGUGGCAUGGGGGAGAAUUGCUCGAUACAUGCUAUACUCAGGAUGGAAGAGUACAAAAGAUAAAAAUGACAAAGAAUGGCAAGCAUUGGUCACCCGCGGUCAACGUGGACAUUAUCGAUGCCGACGUGAAAGCGGAUAACGGAGUGGUCCAGGUCGUGAAUGGGCUGCUGACACCUCCAAAGGAUUUAGGCUUAACACUAGCGGAGCAUGAAGAGUUGCAUCCGUUUAGCGACCUCGCCAAAAAAGCAGAUAUUGAGACAGAGUUGAAACGCGCAAACGGUUACACUAUCUUUGCCACGCAAGAUGUCCUUGAUGGUCUGACCGAUGCCGAAAAGGCUUAUCUGAACCAUUCCGGCGCCAAGGAUGACCUGGGCCAAGUCCUGCACCAUCAAAUUUCCGACAAAAUACUUUAUUUUGGCGAGUUUCCAACAGGCAAGACGCAGCUGGAAACGUUGCAAGGAGAAAAACUGGAAUUGGUGUUGGAUAAGAACAACGAAGCGACAGUCAAUGGUGCCAAAAUUGUACAGAGUGAUAUUUUGGCCAGCAAUGGUGUAAUCCAUUUACUCGAAAAGUCCAUUCUGCCCAACAACCGCGACUUUUUGAAACUGAAUGUACGCAAAGCAUUGAUUGGAUUGAACGCCACAAAGUUCGUGACACUUUUGGAGGACAAUGGAUUGAAGGGCUACCUCGACACCAAGGACCCUUACACCCUGGUUGCGCCUCCGAACGAAGAAUUGGAUGAACGCAAUAUCCCACGGAGCGAGAUCCAAUCUUGGCUCAAGUAUCACAUUAUUGACAAGAAAUACGAGCUCGAUAACUUUACCGAUGGCGAUCUCUUAAAGACAGAAUCGGGCGAUCAUUUGGGCGGAGACAAACAACGCCUCCGUGUGCAUAGUGUCGAUCAAGACCAAAUGCCAGUGAAUGCAAAGAAAAAGUCUGUCCAGUUUGACCGUGCCAACCUCAUUGGCAAUCCAGUGACGGUGGACAACAGCAUCAUCUAUCCCGUCUCCCGAUCGCUUGAAUUACCACGCGAUCCACUCAGUCAACUCCCACUCAAUCUGGACCUUUCCACAUUUGUUGCGAGUCUGUAUGCAUCUGGCGCCGCAGGAGAAAUCAAGUCAGCAGAAGGCAUUACGGUGUUUGCCCCCACAAACAAGGCCUUUGCCCGUCUGGGCAUUCUGACCAAACACCUGCUGCAGCCCAGCUCGCAAGACAAGUUGGCAAGCGUCAUCAAAUUCCACGCAGUCAAGCAUGGCAUCUACUAUUUCAAUGAAACCAAGCAAGGCGAGUAUCGCGUACCUACACUCAGUGGUCCAGAAAUCAAUCUCAACAAGACGCACGAUGGCCAUCUUUACGUCCGUGGUGUCGGUGCAGGUGACGGGAGUGACCGUUCCGUGAUUGCCAAGGUGGUUCAACCAGACAUGUUGGUAUCCAACGGCGUGAUCCACAAGAUUGACCGUGUUGAAAUCCCUGCUACAUUAAAAGUCUCCAACUGCGAUCUGUUGUUGGCCGAAAACACAAACAGCUUUGUCAAUUUGAUCAGCAAGACUGACUUGGCCAACCAGAUCUUGGAUAGCCCUGACCAGCCUUAUACCGUCCUUGCUCCCAGUGAUCGUGCGUUUGCCAGAUUGAAUGUCUCGGACUUGUUGAACCAUCCCGAUCAGUUGUUGCGUAUUGCCAAGCUGCAUGUUCUGCCUGUUGCACUGCCAAAAAUGACAUUACAGCCUGGUCAAAGCGGUGAGCGUCUUGGCAAGCAGAAGGACAUGUAUGAUGAUGACGACGACGAUGACUGCAGAAACACACACUCGGAUAUUAAUGGUGACGGUGUCGAGUUUUCACCGCUGCUUGAAGACGAAAAAAUUAUAAUCACUCAGGUCGAUGCAGGGUACACUAUUCAAGUCAAAGGCGAUACCACUCAUUCUGCAGAUGUUGUUCAGAUUGGACGUGCCAGCAAUGCAGGCGGUGUGGUAGAGAUUGAUCGUGUACUGCUCCCCCGUGAUCAACUGGGCGAUGGUGGCGGUGGACUGGCUUGGUGGGCCGUUCUGCUCAUUGUCAUUGGUGUGCUUCUCGGUGCCGCCUUGUUGGCUGCUGUAGCAUAUUAUGGAUGGCGUUGGUGGAAGCAGCGUCGUGAAGGAUACAUUAGUUUGGACAGAGACAAUUAA